UGGAUAAUAAAGGUUUUACUUAUGACCGCUAAAAAAACCAUUGAAAUUUCGAAAAUCACACAUCUGAAAGUUGAGGUACCAUAAAUGAUGAUUAGGAUACUAAUAUUGACAUUAGGAACUAUUUAGAACAGACAAACGUGCAUAUGCAGACUGUAGUGAAUACUGAGGACAGGUACUGGUGAAUGUCGUAGGGGUAUUGACGAAUGUCAAUUUGGCGUGUGGACAUUCGCCAGUCGCCAAUAUGGCGAAUGUCUAUUUGCGAAAGUUGAAUUGGCGAAACGCGACCUUACUUUUAGUUUAGACUGGGUUUUGUAUUUAUUCUCCAUUUAAAAGCAGAUCAUUAAAACGUUAUUUAGCAGCUUUUAGAAUUGUAAAAGCUGUUAACUGCGAUUCUAAUUCUGCAGGGUUCAUCGAAAAACCGAAUUAGAUCAACGUUUUGCUAGGUCCUCUGGAGAAAUUUGAAAUCUUGCAAUAUCUUGAAUAUAUAUGAUGAGAAAAUAGAAUAUUAUUUUACGUGUCAUCUAAAGGAUUACAAUUUUGUGGAAAACUCAUUGUAGUUAUAUAAUUUUUUCUUCUUUUUUUUCUACUAUGACAAAAAACGUCUUGAUGUAACAUUAUCAGAACCAUUACCAUUAGAUCAUAAAUCAUUAAAAUUAAAAAAUUGUGUUAUAUUACCACAUAUUGGUAGUGCAGAAACAAAUUGUCGAAAGAAAAUGGUUGAAAUUAGUAUUCAUAAUUUAAUAGAAUAUUUUGAUAAUAAAUCAAUAAUUAGUCAAAUUAAUGUUAAUUAA